AUGCGGCGCCUCCUGGAGCUGCUGCUGGCGGCGGCGGCCUGCUCCGCGGCGGGCGACGAGGUCUGCGCCAGCGCCGAGAGCUGCGUCGAGGGCACGGACGCCGCCGGGGGGGUCUGGGCUGUGCGGGUGCUGCCGUACGGGGCGGUGGCGGGCCCCAGAUUCCCCGCCCCGCACUACGCCCAGGAGAGGCCGGGCGCCUGGCGGGCGGGGACCUGCGCGUGGAGCUCCUGA